CCGACUCUACCCGCGAAUGUGCCGAAAUCAAAGCGAAAGUAAUGAAAAGUUCGCUGAAAAUAUUUGUAUUGUAAUUACUUUGUCACGUAUUGAGACAGAAAUGUACUGAAACGAAUUAGUAAUAACACCAUAGACAGUGUUAUGCAGGAGGAAUCAUCCAUAAUGCUUUGUGAGUGUGGAUUCACACUGCAAGGCAGUGCAAAAUUCUGUCCAGAAUGUGGGAAGAGGAUGUUGGCACAGGACAUCCAGACUGCCCCAUGUCCCAACACAGUGGAAGAUGGCAGAAGAACUCCAGUAUGUGGUACAAUAAUCCAAAGCUCCAACAAGUUUUGUGUGGAGUGUGGCUGGAAAAUAUCUCUCCAAGCAUUUCUGCCAGGGGCUGCAAUGUGUAAUGGAAAGAAACCCAAUGGAAAACCAUGUGACAACAUAGUAACACCGAGCAUCAGAUUCUGUUCAGAGUGUGGAAAUCCUCCAAAUACUGGACCAGCCCAGGAGACCAUUUCAACAGCCCCAGCUGUUGUGGAGAAGACUGUAUUGAAUAAAUCAAAUGAAUGGAAAGAAGAUUUGGACAAUGAAAAUAAAAAUCAAAGUGCUCAAGCAGACAAAAGACAAGAUCAUACAAGUGAAGAUAUGGACUUUGAAGUUGUGUCGUUUAGCUCUAGUGAGGGAGAAAUUGUGAAAAGGAGCCGCAGCUAUGAAGAAGCAAUAAAUCUAGAGAAUAGUUCAGAUUUCUGCAAUGGCCAGUUAACUAAAAUUACCACAGAACUGAAUUCUUCUAGUCUGAAUUCAGAGUUACAACAACAUGGAGAAAAUCCAGGGAUUCAGGAAAUGAUGGAUUCCAUGGAGAUUGUAGAACAUCCAUCUGGUGGAUCAGUGGAACCUUUUCUACCAGAAGAGGGAGAGAAUGGAAAUAGGAAAAAUGAAAAACAGGCAAAAUCUCAAGCAUUGGACAUUCCUAAAGAUUAUACUGGAAAAGGUGGUGUUAUAUCUGGUACUUCAGAAGUAAAUGUAUCACAAGAUAUCAUACAUGAAACUGGUGAUGCCCCAAGUGGAACAAGGAGCUGCAGAAGUCUUUCCACUAAGGAUAUGGAGAAGCCACCAGACACCCCAGGUCAGAAUAAAGGAAAAAAAUGGGAAAUACAAGACGCAUCAAUUCAAAAUGAAUUUUCAGAAGAUAAAAUAAAAGAUAGUGGAACACUCUCCACAGAAAACACAGUGUACAAGCCUUCUUGGAGUAAAAAUAGUGGACAAGAGCAGCAAGUAAAUGAAGACUCAGUAAAAUUGGAUGAAAGAAAGAGGAAAUCUCCAGAGACUGAGAAUGUAGAUCAGAGUAAAAAGCAGCAUUUAUCUAAGGAUCCGUCAAAAGGAGGUGAUACAAAAGGAAAAGAUGGAGUGAAAUUUAAAGCAGAAGUAAAAGAAGAAGACAGUGUUGUGAAAGACAAAAGCAAUGAGGGAGAAGUGUUGGAUGGACAGGGACAGGAUGAGGAAGAGGGAGAGGAAGAUGAGGAAGAGGGAGAUGAAGAAGAACAGGGAGAAAAUGAUGGAGAACAGGAAGAAGAUUCUAGCAGUGAGAGUGAUGAAGGGAAAACAACUGAAAAUGAACAGAAAGAUGGAGUUAAAAAGAAAAAACGCAAAAGAAAAAAGAAAAAACUAAAAUAUCAGAUUAAGAAAAAUCAAAUUCCAAUGAAAUCAACAGACAACAAAACCCCUGUAUCAAAAAAUGCUGAUAAUGAUGAUGAGGAAGAUUUUAAAGAUAAAAAGAAACAUGAGAAGGAGAAGAAAAGUGAACAAAACAGAAAGUUGAGAUCUCAGACAUCCAAAGAAAAUGAUGCUGCCAAUGUGGGGUCUACAAAGCCUGAAGAAAAUAUUGGAACAAACAACUAUGAAUCAGGCCAGCCAUCAUCCAAGGAGAACAGUCAACCUACAGAGAAAUCUAAACCAGGAAGAAUUGUUAUUCCUGUUCAUUUUGAGGAUGGAAAAAAAACAGCCAACGCAGAAGGAGCAAGUUUGGAUGGAAAGAGCCAUAAAACAGCAACAAGCCUUCAUGAUGGACAAACUAUGACAAGAAGUGGAACAAUUGAAGUCAAUUUUUAUGCCAUUGCUUCACCAAAAUUCCUAGUGGAUCCACAGAAUAGCUGCAUUUGCAUGAGGUUUAGUGCUGCUGAGCUUAAAGGAUGGAGUAGUUUUUACCCAACAAAUCGUGUAUGCACUAUUGAUAAAUACAUAGUUGUGACAUGCAGAAUGAAAAUACCAAAGCAUCUUAUCUCUGGGUAUAGUGGGUUGUAUUACUCAUAUUGUGUUAUUAUCAACAAUGAUGUACAACACCCAGUGAAUGAGUACUUUUACAACUCAAUGAAAUGGGAAGAAGGACAGAAAAGAGUCUUGACAAGCAGGGAUGGUUUAUCAGAUGGCUGCAGUCAAUAUGAUGGUGUCUUGAACCAGAUACCAGAGAAAGGACUUUACCAGAAAUUUAAAUCCUUUAUGGGAUUUGAUGACUAUGAGAAGAAGUUGGAGAGUGAUCUAAAAUUGACUGUCAAAGCAUUUUUUCCAAAAUGGAAACAUUUUCAGAAAGAUGGAGAGGAAUUUUCCCCUGCAGAUGUAAUGAAUUCACUGACAACAUUGUACAAAGGAUUAAAAAAGAAUUACUUCAUGACAUGCAAAAAGUGGAGAAAUGAAUCGGAUUUUACACAAGAUGUUGGAAAGGCCAUGUCUGAGGUUGUUCAGCCUGUGUUUGAAGCUUUGGCAGAAAACAAGGAUAUCAUCUCAGCAAUUGCAAUAAUAUGCCUUGCUGAAGAUUUUCAUAUUUCAUUAAACCAAACCAAGAAAACCAUUCUUUUCCAUUGUUUGGUGCUGAAAGGGGACAGUCGAACAAAAUCAUGUAAAGCUUACAAUGACCUGCUUGAGAGUUACAAGGAUAUGAUACCAGACGUGCUGAAUGCUUUGAGAAGGCUUAUAAGGUCUGAAAAAUCCACUGAUGAUCCAACCUGGCUAUGCUGUCUCCCACUAUUCCACUUUCUGAGUAAGAAAUGUGAACCAUAUGAAGACACCCCUCUACUCGAUAAUCACACUGCAAGAAAGCCUGUCUGGUGGGGAAAAGAUGACAUUGAUGAAGAGAUGGAUUUCUUGAAGGGAAAAUCAUUCUGGAAAAUGGAACCAGCCUCUGUGUUGCAGAUGUUGGAACCAAUGUUUGAGAUAGACUUCUAUCUGCCAAGGUGUUUCAUGGCUGUUCUAAGGUUUGAAAAAUUAAACGUCGUCUCCACAGGACUUUUUCCUCCAGAAGUCACUCUGGCUGGGCUGUUCUAUUACUUCAAGACUUUCUACUUUGACACUGAGUCCAAUAGAAAGAUUGUAUGCAAUUGCUUGGAGACAGUCUAUUCUCAGCUAGCUAAAAUUGUCAGCAGAAAUGAAGAUGAGAUAUCCCACAAUGUGUUGGCCAGUUGCUACUUGUCCUACAGGAUUGGGGGUGAUCUGUUCUUAACAGCAAAUGCAAGACACAGCAGUGAAACUGAAGUUAUGAUCCAAGUUAUCAAGGCCUAUGUCAUGUCCCUUGCUGUGUUUGAUCAUUUGAUGAACAAAAGUUGUGAGGCAACCAAGAACUUUCCCAAGAAAACUGACCUCUUGGCUCAUUUAGAGGGAAGAAAAAAAAACAUACUUUAUUGGCUGAAUGGAUUCAUGUACUUCAAUGUUGAGAAAGACCUGAAAGUGUGGGACUGUGUGCUGUCAAUGGAUAUACCAGCCAGUACUAUCAAAGAUGCCUUUAUGAUGGAACUAAAAGAAAAACUGCAAAGCGACCUGAGGAAAAAUAAAUGGACAGUACAGGAAAAACUGGUUGAGUUAUAUUGUAAAGGAGCUGAGCAAUUUGGUUCCAUUAUACAGGAAAUAUUGGGAUCAUUUGCUUUCCAGGCUCUAGAGGAUGGAUGUUUCUGUGAGGACAGGAUAAUGUUAGGACCAGGAGCUUUGAGAUAUGGAAACAUGUUGUCAAGAUUAUUUGAAAGAUCCUGGAACAAUAACAAAUUGUCAGACACCAAACCAAGAGAUGUUCUGAGGUUCACGUUAUCCUGGAAACCAUUCAUUCAUUUCUUGGAAAUGUUUUAUCAAAAAGAGAAAUCUGAUGUGUUGUCAGAAGACUGCCAGGUACACUUCAUACAGGCAGCCACAUUGUUGAAGGUAGCGAUGGACACCCUGAUGGAGGGAACGGUGCUGGUAGGGGACCUAGAGAUCAUUAACAACGCCGUGGACACAUUCAUACAUCUGAACAAAUCUAUCUCCAAGCGUGAAAGAGGAAACGAAGGAUUCGAUGAAGCACUGGUGAGGGAAACCUUGAUUCUGAGAUGCAGAGAAGUCAGGAAGUUUGAAGAGGUCAAAACAAAUGUCCAAGUCUUUACUCAAAUGUGCCAGCACUUCAGAGUUGAUCUUAGUGAUAUUGAUCUAAAGAUUGAAGAGUUGUCAAAUGUAGACAACAGAAAACUGUGUGACAUUUGCAAGCCUGGUAUAAGAGAGAGAAUUUCUGACAUUGAGAACUAUGAUCCUGUUGUGAUCGCUUUUAAUAUUCCACUUGACAUGCAGUGUAUAUUGGCUGAUCUCAAGAGACUUUCGCAAGGAUCUCUAUUUUUGAAUAUGUGGACCAAACAAGGAACACAGGAAGUCAAAACUAAAGGGCGUCCUCUGACGGUUGAUGAGGUGAUGGAAAAUGUCUGGCAUGUCACCUACCCUACAUGGAUGAAGCUCAGCAAGCGUAUUGCCGAGGGAAACAUAACAUUCAAGGAAUUUCAAGAACACUUUAAAAAUGUGGCAACAGAUAAUUUAAAACAACAGCUGUCUUAUUUACCUGGAGGCAAAAGAGACUGGGUAACCGAACGGCUUCAGCAGGUUAAGGAGCACUGGGAACUUCAGCAGUGUGUCACCGGGGCCAGCAUAAUCCUGGAGGUCGUCAAAGAGUAUGAUUUGAAGGGAAAUUUUGAACCUAUUAGAAUGAUUGUGAAAAUGGUACAUGGUACAGACUCCGAUUCUAAAAUGAGCGACUUCAACAAAUCAUUAAUGGACGCCUGUGAUAUCCUGAGAGAAAUAGGUCCAAGUGAAACAGAAUGCCUUCAGGAGUUUAUCAACUGUAAAACACUCAUUGAUUGGUUAAAAAAAUCCAUGGAAAGUUUGAAGGAGUUGAAGGUUUUUGUUGACCUGGCCAGUAUUUCAGCGGGAGAAGGUGACUUGGAGGUUGCGAGAGUGAAACUCCUUCACGCAGCGACCACUGGAUAUGCCCCAUUGAUUUUCAACCUUGAUGAUCAGUGCGAUUACAUCAGAUUUUUGGACAAGUGCAAACUUGUUUGGAAGGAGCUGAAAACUGACCCGCAGUUACCAUUAAAACUGAAAGACACCAAGAGACAGUUGGAAUGGCUGAACAGUGUGAAAUCUGCCCAGGGUUCUGUAGAAGUGACAUCCAUGAGACAAGCAGAAGCUAUCAAUUCCAUAGGAAUAUAUGUAGUGGGGAAGAUAGAUGCAAAUGUUCAGAAGGAGAAACCGACAAUAGACGACGUCCUGCAGUUGCACGUUCAGAAGGAUGAGAAAGGAUCCCGACUCCCAAAAAGAUACCAAUACAAAGAGCUGCAGGAACUACAGAGCAAGCUCAUGCUGGUGGCCGGCAAGGCAGAGAUGGGCAAGGAUGAUGUAGAACGAUUCACCAUUGUAUUGGAUGCAGUAAUAAGACUGUGCAAUGUCUAUAUAAAACUUGUGUCAUCUGGAUGUGUGUUGUUCACAAACUGGCAAGCUAAAUUUCUGUGUGAUCCUGCAAGGAAAGCUUGUGCAGUUGUCAGAUUUGGCAGUGGGGAGGGAUGCACCCAAUUGAAAGGUCGUAGAAAUGAGGAAGAAGAUAUUACUACCAUUAUUCCUAGACUGGCAAAGUUUAUGGAAGUGUGUCUGGAAGAAUGGCUGAAAUACAUUGACCACAAAAGGGAUGAGUAUCAACAUCUGAACUUCUUUACUAUUGACCAAAUGGUCAUUCUACAAAAAGAACUUGUUUUGAUGGGAGGAGAAGUUGAACCUUCAGAUUACAUUUAUCCAUUGUUGUCCAUUGUGAAACAUGACUGCACCAAAAUGGAUUUGAUUGGUGCUUUGAAAAAGGCCAAAGGUGAUGUAUCUCAAAAAGAGGCGGAGCAGGAAGUUGAAAUGGAAGACAAUGAAGAGGAAGAAGAGGAUGUCGACCCUAGUGAAGAAGGCAAUGUCAAGGCCAAAGCUAUUGCAAAGUUCAUUGCAGAAAUAGUGAAUUCUGGAUAUACAGAAAUAUUAGCUAAACAGGCUUUGAAAACAGGCAUUGAUCCAGCAGAAAUUGAUGAAGGAGUCGUGUGGUGCAUGGAGCAUGAGGACAUGCGAGUGGUUGAUAUGGAGACAGAGGUCAGCGAGGACCAGGUGGAGGUCAAGGUUGAGGAUUUUGAGGGCUGGACAAAACCUGGAAUGUCCAUCUCCACCAUCACACAGAACAUCCUGUCUGGACUACACUAUGACAAAGAAACUGCUGAAGAGGACACUCUGAUUCCGGAUUUGGAACAGCUGUGGGAGGAGUUUUUGUCCUCCAUCUCCUCCAGUGUGUCAGAUUAUCUCAGUGUGGAACAUCUCGGGAUCAUUCUGAGGAGACUCGCUGAGACUGAAACAUUUACAGUGAACAGACCAUUAAUACCUGGGUUUGAGAGAGGUACUCCAAAUCUACUGCUCUGUCCUCAAGAUGAGAUUCUGAACACUGUACUCACAAUAUACAGCCAUGAUCCGGAUCAGCCGCUUCCUCAGUCGGAUGAGAUCCUCAUGUGUACUCCACAUACCACCCUGGAUGAGGUGGAGAUAUUCUGGAGGAGGGCGGUGUUUGACACCACUGACAGAAUCCACUGUCUUGUCAGUGGAGAUUUGCUGGACUAUGAUGUCAGUGACAGGGGCGAGAGGAGACUAGACUACCACAUGCAGAGGGCAACAGAGAAAGAUAUCCCCUACAAGCUAGUGGUGGUUUGUAGCACAGAGAGGGAGAACCACUCUAGAAUCGUGGCAGCCCUUGACAAAUACAGACGCCCACCCCUACCACUUCUCUCUCAUGAAAAGACGGCGGAAUACAUCAAAGAAAAGCUGACCUUUAACCUCAAGAAACCUCGUGUAAAGCCAUCAGCUGAGGCCGACAACGAGAAUUGCACAGUUCGAGUGGUAAAGUCCUGGCGAGCUGGAGUUGGUAAAACCCUUCACAAGAAAAGGUUGGCUGAAAAACUCCAUAGUCUCCAUUCUGGUGUUGUCAGAACUAAUAAAGCAGUGGUGUCCAUUCCACUCCAUGAGAGGGAGAUCAACAUUGACAGCAUUAUGACAGUCCUUCUACAAAACACACUGCAUCCAGGGAAAGUAGAACCCAGAUUGUUCCACAUUGAUUUGUCUCAUGAGGUCCAGGAGGGUGUGGAUUACCUGCUGUUCCAGUUACUGAUUCUGGGCUGUCUCACCAACAGCACCGGUCAUGUGUGGAGAAAGCUGCCCUAUGACCUCUACAUAGUGGAGACCAUGCCCCUCCUGGCCAGGGACUUCCAGGAUCAGAGAGGCUAUAUAAAGUGCAUGCACAGAUGCCUGGACCUUCUACCAGACGUGACCUGUCGCUCUCCAUUAGAAAGUGUCAAAAAAUACCAGGGGAACGCUCCAGACAUUGGUGAGAGUGACCUGUUGUUUGAUGUUGCGGAGUUUAGGAGCUCCAUGUUCCAGAGGCCGUUCCAAUACCUGUACAGAAUGGACAUGAACCGUGGCCUGGGGGACGUAAACAUGGGGAGGACAGAGGGAAACCCCACCACCUGUCUACAGACACUGCUCAAGCAUUGUGGAAUUCCUGACCCAUCCUGGGCAGAACUGCGUCAUUUUGUCUGGUUCUUAAACACUCAGCUGGUGGACUUUGAGAGUUCGGAUUAUCUCUCCCACGCAGCUGCAGAAGAUCUUCCAGGAUUUUCUCAGUUUGUUCUGAGAUUCCUCAUCCAGAUGUCUCGAGACUUUGCCACUCGAUCCCUGAAUAUGAGUGAGGAGUCACCAAUACAGAUGUUGAAGAGGAUAGACUCUGCGGAUGAAGAGGAGGAGAAAGAUGAGGCAGAUCUACGACAGUUUCAGCUCAGGAGGACUUGGGAAAGCAGCCCCCAUCCCUACCUAUUCUUCAACAUGGACCGCAUUACCAUGACAUUCCUUGGCUUCAACAUUGAGCGACAGACCGGUAACCUUGUGGAUGCCCAGACUGGGGCUGUGCUGGAAGCAGGGAUCAUGCAGAGAAAUUUACAGGACGCGCUCAAGAGGAACAGAGUCCCCAUCAAUGAAAACUUUGACAGUCUACCAAGAGAAGAAAAGUUGAGCAAGCUGUGCAGUGUGAUGGGGGUAGAUGUUCCUUAUGACCCUGACCCGACCUAUGAACUUACAACAGAUAAUGUGAAGAAAAUUCUGGCUAUCUACAUGCGCUUUAGAUGUGACAUCCCGGUGAUCAUCAUGGGAGAGACAGGGUGUGGAAAGACCCGGCUUGUUAAGUUUAUGUGUCAGCUACAGUGUCCUAUUGGUGUGGAAGUACAGAACAUGGUUCUGAUGAAGGUCCAUGGAGGCACUCGUAGAAGUGACAUCAUCAGAAAAGUGGAGGAAGCGGAGAGGAUAGCCCAGGAGAACACGGCUAAUUAUGGACAGAAACUGUACACAGUGUUGUUCUUUGAUGAGGCCAACACCACGGAGGCCAUCGGUCUGAUUAAGGAAAUCAUGUGUGACCACGCUAUGGAGGGGGAACCAUUGAAACUGUGUCAGUCCCUCAAAAUCGUGGCCGCCUGUAACCCUUACAGAAAACACUCAGAAGACUUAAUCAAGCGUUUGGAACAGGCAGGAUUGGGUUACCAUGUGGAUGCAGAAAAAACAACAGACAGAAUGGGCCGGGUCCCCAUGAGGAGACUGGUGUACAGAGUGCAGCCUCUCCCCCAGAGCAUGCUACCCCUGGUCUGGGACUUUGGUCAGCUGGACACCAAAGUGGAGGAGAUGUACAUCAAACAGAUGGUCCUCAGAUAUAUAAGAGGAGGAAAGCUACCCAAUGAGGCUAAUUUAGACACAUCUGUUAGCCAUAUUCUAACGUCUGCUCAAGAAUUCAUGAGAAAUCAAGAGGAUGAGUGUAGUUUUGUGAGUCUGAGAGAUGUGGAGCGAGUUCUGGAGGUGAUGAGCUGGUUCUACAGACAGACUCAAGGAGACACCACUCUGUUUAACUUAAUGGAAAAGAAGGAUGAGACGGAGUCUGAUGAAGAGGAGGAAGAAGAGAUGGAAAUGGAAGCUCAGAUUCACCAGCAAGUGAAUGAUGUGACUAAAUCCCUUGUCCUUGCUCUGGGUGUCUGCUAUCAGGCUUGUUUGAAAAACAGGGAGGAGUUCCGGGAGAAAAUUGUAAGAGAAUUCCGACCCCCUUGUGUGCUUCCCAAAGGUCCUGAUCAGAUGGCAGAUAUCAUAACAAGAUGCCAGAAUAUUUUCUUGGAGAUCGACAACUUGGGAGCAAACAUAGCUAAGAACCAGGCCCUGAGAGAGAACGUUUUCAUGAUGGUGGUCUGUAUAGAACUCAGGAUCCCCCUCUUCCUGGUGGGAAAACCCGGAAGUUCCAAGUCCCUGGCCAAGACCAUUGUGGCUGAUGCCAUGCAGGGAAAUGCCGCUCAUACAGAGGUCUACAGGAAUUAUAAACAGGUACAAAUGGUGUCCUUUCAGUGCAGUCCCCUGUCGGUACCAGAGGGAAUUGUGGGAACUUUCCGCCAGUGUGCCAUGUACCAGAAGGACAAGGACCUCAACAGAUUCGUGUCUGUGGUGGUGCUGGAUGAAGUGGGACUGGCCGAGGAUUCUCCCAGAAUGCCCCUCAAGACGUUACAUCCGCUGUUAGAAGAUGGUUGCCAAGGAGAUGAAACACCAGAAGAGCACAAAAAGGUUGCAUUUAUUGGGAUUUCUAACUGGGCUUUGGAUCCAGCCAAAAUGAACCGAGGAAUUCUGGUGCAGAGAGAAGUGCCCGACUUGGAUGAAUUGAUCGAAAGUGCAGAGGGUAUCUGCUCUGGAGACGGUCACAUAAAGAAGAUGAUUAAGCCACUGAUUAAACCACUGGCCGACUCCUACCUUGCAGUUUUCAAAAUGGUCAUCACACGUAGGGAGUUCUAUGGAUUAAGAGAUUUCUACAGUCUUAUUAAGAUGGUGUACAGCUUUGCUAAGAGAAACAGAAAGAAACCAACAUGGCUGAUGCUCCAGCACUGCAUCAAAAGAAACUUUGGAGGAUUUGAGCACUCUGGAGGAGAAGACCCUUUGGAUGUGUUCUCUAAGAAUCUAAAAACUGUUGAAAAAAUAUCAAAAUCAAACGCGGAUGAUCCUGACAUUAGUCCAGCUGGUCUGAUUGAAGCAUGUCUGAAGGGAGAUGGAGUGGACAGUGACACGAGGUACCUGCUGCUUCUGACGGAGAAUUACGGAGCCCUGACAGUGUUACAGCAGAAGAUCUUGACAAUGAAGAAUGCCAUCACCAUAUUUGGAAGCAGUUUCCCUAGCGACCAGGAAUACACACAGGUGUGUAGAAACAUCAACCGUAUCAAGGUGUGUAUGGAGACGGGGAACACGGUGGUCCUACUGAACUUGGAGAAUCUGUACGAGAGUCUGUAUGACGCACUCAAUCAGUAUUAUGUGUACUUUGGAGGUGAGAGAUAUGUUGACCUGGGAUUGGGAACUCACCGAGUCAAAUGUAGAGUUCACAAGAAAUUCAGGCUGAUAGUUGUUGCUGAGAAGGAGAUAGUCUACAGCAAGUUCCCCAUCCCUCUGAUCAACAGACUAGAGAAACACUUCCUCAAUAUUUCCACCAUGUUGUCUAAAGUCCAGGUCCGUCUAGCUCAGAAGCUAGAGAAAUGGGCUGAACAGUUCAUCAAGUCAUCAACUCCCACAUACAAAAGGAUAAAGACUUCAGAAGACAAGUUGGGAGAUGUGUUCAUGGGGUACCAUGCUGACACCUGUGCUUCAAUCAUAUUGUUGGUCAGCCAGAAAUUUACAGAUGUUGAUCUAGAGGACAUGGAGACAGAGGUACUGAGGGCAGCUAAGGAGAUCCUGCUGUGGUGUGCAACACCUGAUGGUGUGCUCAGAGCACGAAAUAAACUCUUACCCGAUGACUUUGCAUUUGUUGAAAAUACUUACUACCAACAACAAAAGCAUGACAACCUACUGUAUUAUCUUGACCAGAAAAUCAGGACUGAAGACAGUGAAGGGCUUUAUGAACAGGUGACCACCCACUCCAAGCUGAUCACCACGGUGGACGUGUCGGACCUGUCUCAGUACCUACACAUUCCCAGACCACAGAUCACACUCCUGACUCUGCAGUCAUUUGACACAGAGCAGCAGUUCUGUAGACAAGUCAAGCAGAGCUUUGAGAGAGAGCUGGAGGAGGAGUCCCUGUUGAUUGUCCAGUGUGACAGUGGGAACGAGAACGCCAGCCUGGUGGCCUGUGCUCAGUAUUGUGUGUUAGAUCAACUCCAACAGGUGGCAGACAGAAAGAUCGGGAAAACACACAUCGUCUUCAUCAUCCAUCUACCCCGAGUAGCAGGGGGAGGAUUCACGGGGUUCCAGUGUGGUCUAUGGCAUUCUGUUCACAUUGAUGAUCUCCGUCCAGACAGUGACAAAAUGCCCAGCGUCAUGGAGAUGAGGAACAAGAGUGUCGGGACAUUACUGGAGAACGCGACCGGUCGGGCCGGUGGAGGGGACACAGAGGACAUGGACUGGGAGGGUAGAGGUGACAAUCAACCAAUCCAGGAGUCUGGAGAGGUGGAAAUGAUGGAGAGUCAAGAUGUGUAUCCACAUGACUUUGGUGACAUGGUGGAACACACAGGACAAGUCCAUGUGGAGAGGAAGGUGGAUAUUGCCCUCUUCAUCAAGUUGACGGCCCGUCCAGCUCUAGCAAUGGUGAAAGACCCCGAGGAUUCAGAGAGGACAACCGAGAGAGUGAAAAUCUUGCUGGAGUUGCUUAAUCAAGAUACAAAGGGAGAAAAAUUGACCUUCAUGCGAGGAAUAGGACGACAUCUUGCAGCCUUAAUGAAGGAGAAAGAGGAAACCAUGGGGCAAUCAGCAGAGAGCUGGCUGUAUGCUGAGGCCACCAAGAGGGACUGUAUAAACAGGGCUGGCACAUUUAGGAAAGCUAGAAAUCAGUGCAUUAUAGAGAAACUUUCCCCCAUUUUGGCUGGCAUCAUUGCUCAACUGGACACCAACAGUAACCUUGACCUCCUGAUUCAAAAAGAGCCAGGUUCUUGGGAGCACAUACUAUGGCUGGAAAUAAUCAACAAACCAUCAGCCACUCAGAUUGAGUAUUCUAUGGUGGUGUCCCCCAAAAAGCAAGAGGAACUUCCUGAGGUCAUUGUGAAAGGAACAGGUUGUGACGGCCUCAAAUUUAAUGCUUUGAUGCCAUUUUCUUGGCUGAUUUACAGACUGAUUGACCGAAUCCUGAGGACGUCACAAAAUGUUGAAAAACAUGAGACAGUUCUAGAAUGUGUUAUGAGGGUGUCUGGCAUUAUGGAGAACACCCCAAUAGGAAAAGUUCUUCAAAAGCAUGAGGUCAACAUCAUGGAUUGUGUCAAGGCCUAUCUCAGUGACUUUGUUCAUAUGGUGUAUCAUGUGACCAGUGUAAAGGAGCAUGAGUUGGUGUGUGAAAAUUUACUGAAUGGAGUAAACAUGGAAUUCAGAGAAGGACUAUCUAGUGUUGUCAUGAACUUUGUGGCCAUCCACGCUGUGUACAGUAAAACUGAGCCCCGUCUCAGGAACUUUGCCAGCAUCACGCGAGUGUGGCCCGGCUGCAGCGAGCGAAUCAUUGAGUUCCAGAAGAAGAGUGCUCAGUUCUAUCUGGUCACUGACCAAGAACUGACUCUGGAUGUCCUUGGGUUGUUCCUACUGUUGAAAUCCCUUGAGCCAAACAAAGACUCCCUCACUGACCAGAAAGGCAGACAACUCUGGCAGAAACAAGUGCACAAGUACCGACCUGUUGUAGAGAGAAUUCUGGGACAGUUUGUGACUGAGGGGCACCAGACAGCGGUGGAGGAGUUUGGUAGGAGAUGUAUGGAGGGAAUCAAAGAGGCCAGGUGUGUAUGGACUAAGGUGGUAGUGAUGAAGUUGUUCCUACAACAUGUCUGCUCUGAUGAGGUGAUGCCUGUGGAACGUCUGAUGACUUUAUGGGUGAUGCUCAAGGACAAUGUUGAUUUCAAAAACAUAGAAUCUUUGGAAAAGGUGGAAAAAUUCCUAAAAUUAUGCAUGAAAAAUUCUGUCACCAAAGUUUUUGGGAGACAGGAGAGCUGUAGAGCUUGUGAGAGUGAGAUCACAGAGAGACCUGUACACCUUCCCUGCAAGGACCUGAUCUGUGUGAAAUGUUACAACGACCUGACAAUCCUGGGAACUGGGAUGUGUCCUGUCUGUCACACUGAGAUCCCCGCCCAUUUCAACCCACGACAAGACAACACAGAAGAGCUAAAGUUUCGGAAGUUGAAUAUUUUCAAACGUCGGUGCAACAGUUUCUUUAUGGACCUUGUAUCUCAGCUCUGUUUCUCGGAUGAUGAGCCCCCGUCCAGUGAAGUUGUCCAGAAGUUGAUGUCCUACAUCACAGCCACUGCUCGAAGAGGACAGGGAGGAAGGAUGGCCAGUAAGGAGAUGUCUGUGUUUGAGGAAGGAAUUGAUCCUACACCAGUCCUACGGUCCUUCCUCCUACAACACUUGCUCAGGACUAGCUCCAUACAAGUACAGCAGUACUUAGGGAUGUAUUUGCAACAAGCAGAGGAUUUGAUGUCACUGAAAGAAAAUGAAGAGAAAAUGGUUGACCUUUGUCUUUUGAUUAUUCAGUGCUUAGAGGACUCCUUCCAUCAUGACAUUGCCAAGAGCACAGACCCAAUGAAGUCCAAAAUCAAAAUGGCUACCCAGAUGUUGCAGCUUGACGUGGGUUCUGUGGUGAGAGAGGGGCUGGAUGUGGAGAAGCUGUACUGUAUGGCACAGACCCGGUUUGGACUGACUGUUGUAGCAGAGGUUCUCCACAAGUUACUGGUGGAGAAAUCAAUCAAACACAGCCAGCAGAUAAGGAAGCUUCUAGAUGCAGCAGGGAGAAUCUGUGAUGAGUGUGGCUCAAGGCAGCCAAAACUGUUUCUAAUCAAACACCUGUGUCGCUGCUUUGGAGUGGAGACUUACCAGAAGAUCUGUAAGACAACUGAUGCCACCACUGUACGCUGGCUGAGUGUACCAGAGCUGCAGAAAAAUGAGAUUGUUGAGUGCAGUGACCGAUUCAUCGUAUGUGGGGACCAGUACAAGGAGCUGAGAGAAAAGCUGACACAGGCAGCUCUAGGACAGAACAUGGACAUCUUUGAUGCAGCUAUCCAGGCUGUCCAGCUACCAGAUUAUCAGAAGAGAACCCUGGUCCUUCUAGCUGUGAUGAGAGAAAUAACUAUGUGUUAUCUGUAUCCUGAAAACAAAAGAAGAGUCACUCCAGCUGCAGUGGAACAAUUGCAGCAGUUCUUGUCUCAGCACCCAUUGUUUACCAAUCAGACUGAUCUUCCGGCUGCACUGUGUAGAAAUGCUGUAUGGAGGAGGAACCCCCAGCUGACUGUACAGGAGGGGAUGGACCUGGGCCACCAGAGUACCGUGUGUCUACUGAACCAUUUCUUCAUCACCCUGCUGGAGAUCCCAGAGGAGAGGACACUGGUGGAACCACUCAACAGACUGGUCCAACAGCCAGGGGACAUGCAGAACUCCUUUCUACCAACUAUGCCACAAGAUGAUGUUGCUGAAAUAAAGGAAGCUUUGUUGGCAGCCAGACGGGGAGGUGAUGAAAAUCCAGUAUUUUAUCGUUGUCCAAAUGGCCAUCCAUAUGUGAUUGGAAAUUGUGGUCGGCCAGCCACUGUUGGUAGGUGUAAGGACUGCGGCCAGGAAAUCGGGGGACAGUCGUACCAACUACGUGCUGGCAAUAUAGUGGACCAAGGGCUAGACCAGACUGCUACAGGACAUGUGUUGGGUCGGGCGGAGGGGAGACAACCAGUUGCCAGCCCUGAGAGAGGACUCUCUCCCAUUGAGUGUGCCAUUGUACGACUCUUCACUCACAUGGCCAUGUAUCUAGGGGCCAGUAUCAAUCAACAGGCCAUCCAAAGUCUGAUAAAGCCAGACCUGAAUGAUAAUGAUGUGCUGCCCUUUUUGUUGGCACACAUAGAAAAAGACCUGCUGACCAUUCAGAGAGCCGUAGGGAGGAGUGUGGACGAUGUCUAUAUCCUUAUACACAGUAUCUGCAGAGACAUGAUUAGCAAAUAUAGAGGUGGUCAACUGAAUCAAGAUAUAUGUGUUUUGGCCAACAAGGCAGCUAGAAAGAAAUGGGAAGAAGAUUUUGCAAAAACCUAUUUGUCACCGGUUCUCCAGGAAAUGACAAAAGAUCUGAAGACCAUGAAUAAAAAGCUUGCCAAUGAUCAGAGAUUGGGGUCGGACCCACUGCUGUGCCUGUUGUUUGAGAUAGACGUUCCAUCAGAGCAUUCCUCCCCCAGCAGCCUCCACAAUGUGGCGGCUGUGUGGCGCUACAGGUCCCAGAUCACCAUGGACCACCUCCUACACACCGUGCAGGUCCAGGCUCCCACCCACAAAGUGCUGCUUAUGUUUCUACAGGAGGAGAAGCAGCUAAGAGCUAUCCGUCUUGUACCUAGCAUCGUGAAACUCCAGAAAUUGCUGAUUCAGCGAUUCCAAAGGAAGUUGGACAGAGGGGAGGCUUUAACAUUGACCAUCGAGGAUAUGAUAAAGGAGUAUGAAAAUGAGGGUCGGUUGGAUGAGAUGAGGAGUUUGGUGAAUGACUUUAUUCUGGCCUGGCAGUGUGUUAGAGACAAGCUCCUUGCUUACACCUUUCCGACCUUGGAGGGAUUAACCAAGAUCCCCAAGGAGUUUUGCCAGAAGCCCAUCACUGAUGCCCACCCAGUGUCUGUGCUGCUGCCCACUUUUAGGGACAAUGGGCUCUGUGCCUAUGGUCUACUGUACUAUCUACUGAAGAAACAAAACAACUUCCUGCAGGAGUACUGCAAGGUGAAGAAACUCAAGUACACAGAUCUCCCCAAGGUCCAGUUGAGGGACGUGACCCCGGCUCACCUGAUCAGCUACCACCCUGACAGGGACAUCCUCCCCAUGGUGAUGGCCAACUGUCACUACACAUUCCAGGUGGGCAAGGGCACCAAGAUAGACUACAACUUUGGGGACUUGGAGCGCCAGCUCAUGGACCGAUUCCUGUUUUCCAAGUCUGUCAUUGAGAUGCCAGUGUAUGAGUUUGAGAUGAUGACGUACAGAUCAGAGACAACUAAUGCUGUGGUGUUUAGAGAUCUCCGACAGAAAAUCAAACAGGAACCUUUGACCCCUGUAGUAGCCAAUCAGAUCUGUGAGGAGACCAGAGCUUACCCUGACCUUUGUGAGACCUUGGACAAACUAGAAAUCACCAUCAGCUUCCUGAAGUCUGUAAAAGGAGACCCCAAUAUGUCCUUGGAGAAAUUCAUGACCCAGACUCUCAAGAUGGAAAACCCCUUCCCUAGUCAAAAGGCAAGGUCCUCAUGUCAAUGCAAGCAUGCCCAGUCUCUGUGGAUAACUUUGGCCAUGGAGAAAACCCGAAGACAAGCCUCACACAAACAGGAUGCAUUUGAAGGUGUAGUGACAGAACUGAGGGAAGAGCUUAAUGCUGCACAGCGAGAUAUGAUCACGUCCCUGUGUGAGGAAAUCUCCCUGGAGAGACUGGACCUACUGCUGGAGAUCCUGUUUGAGUGCAUUAUGCUUACUAUAACAGUUCCUAAAGGAACUGACGAUGAUGAUUUGGACAUGGCCAAACUUCCUUUGCGAGACACACUUCUUGGAUACAUAUCUGCUCCUCAGUAUGACCUUGACCUCAAUUACCCAGGAUGGACGAAUGAUGUUAUAGAAAGAAUUCCAUACGAAGGAGCGGGUUUUACUGCCAUUCUUAACAACCAAGCAGUGGAUGCUUGGCUGUUUUUGUAUGCUCUUUUCACCGUCAAACAAAGUGAAAGAAGAUAUUGAUGAGUGAGAUGAUUAACUAGGCAAUUAAAAUUGAAAAUGAAAGUUAAAAACUGAGAGUGAAGGUUAGACUAAAGUAAAAUGAGAUAUAAACCGUUUUGAAUUUUUUUUUUUUUUGAUUAAACAUUUUCUUUUUUGAACUGAAAAUCUUAAGGUUUGGAGCAACAUGUUGAAGAUUGUCAAACCUAAUUAUAACUGCUGUGUAUUUUUUUUAUAUUGAUCAGUUUACUUAAAGAGCAACAUAUUAAGGAAAUGUUCAUUGUUUGGGACCAAAUUUUAAAUGUGAUAUUGAAAUAAACAACAGUGCCAACUUCAUGUAGUUUAUUCAUAGUGUUAUCAGCUUUAGUAUGUUUUGAUAUAUGCUCUCCAUUUUGUACUGUAGUAGAUACUUCAUUGUUUUGUUAGCUUUAAUGGAUUUUUUUAAAAAGUUUUUGUUGAUAUUUUGUUGCCGUUGAUUUUGAAAACAAAACUACACAAUUUAUACCUAUUUUUACCAUAAAAUGAUGAUUAUGCUUAUUUUCUUUAUUUCAUGAUUGUUGUGUCACUUACUACAUAGAACAAAACUGAAUUAUUUAGCUCUUUGUUACAUACGGCUCAAUUUAUUAAAGAGCAAUAUAUGAUAAUUAUAUUGAUCGAUGUACAUUUUGUAAUAAUGAAAAAAACUGAUUUUGCACAAGCUUUAUACAUUGUAUGGACUUGAAUUCACACAGUUGUUUCAUAUAUUGGUGGCAAAUCUUAAUCUUUUUCUUACUAAUUUGUACUAGUUGAUGCACCUUGUAAAAUGAACUGUUUGGUAUAAUUUACAUUUAUUUGCUGAAAAACUCAACUGCAUGGUACCAAAGUCAAAAAGAUAAAAGAAAGAAAUUCUGGUAUAAGACAGAAAUGACAUGUUAAAAUGGAGGAUUUGAUAUCUGUGUAAAUAGGUACCAGUUAUAUAAUUAUAAACUUAUCUCUUUAUCUCUGUUUCAAUUUAAUGGCAGGAGGUCUUUAAUAUUAAGGUUGGCAUUCGUAAUGUAUCCUAUUUUGCAUGCUUUGAUUUAUCAUUUUGUUUAUAGGUAAGUGGUUCUAUGGGUUAUAGUUGCGUUGUGUGGCAUGUGGUCAGUUUAAAUCCGGUGAUACAUGUAGCUGUUUGUUUGAUUCACUGUCAUGAUGUAUUGAUGCAUCAAGGAGGGGUCUGAUGAAUUAUAAAUGGCUACAUGUAAUGGCAUUAGGAAUGAUAGAUACGCACAGUUUUUCUGGAACUCAGUUUUAGUCUACGGUAUUUAUAAACCCAAAGCGCUUUAUUACCACUGUUUUGGAUACAAGUACAUGUAAUGUACCCAAGUGUCAUGUGUGCAAUAAAUUUAUUUCAUUACAUA